AUGGCCAGUGAGACACCUAGUGGUGAGGAUCUUCACUGCAACGUUGCAGUUCGCCAGUCGGGCCCCAGCUGGAUUCACUUCCUGACAGGUGGCGGCGAGCCCCGCGGGGGCCGCCAGCACCACCCGCCCUACCACCAGCAGCAUCACCAGGGGCCCCCGCCCAGCGGGCCCGCCGCCCGCACCGAGGAGAAGAUAUCCGACUCGGAGGGAUUUAAAGCCAACUUGUCUCUCUUGCGGAGGCCUGGAGAAAAAACUUACACACAGCGCUGUCGGUUGUUUGUGGGGAACCUACCUGCUGAUAUCACAGAGGAUGAAUUCAAAAGACUGUUUGCUAAAUACGGAGAACCCGGAGAAGUUUUUAUCAACAAAGGCAAAGGGUUCGGGUUCAUUAAACUUGAGUCUAGAGCCUUGGCUGAAAUCGCCAAAGCUGAACUUGAUGAUACCCCCAUGAGGGGUAGACAGCUUCGGGUUCGCUUUGCCACACAUGCUGCAGCUCUUUCUGUUCGGAAUCUUUCACCCUAUGUUUCUAAUGAACUGUUGGAAGAGGCCUUUAGCCAGUUUGGCCCCAUUGAGAGGGCUGUUGUCAUUGUGGAUGACCGUGGACGAUCUACAGGGAAAGGCAUUGUUGAAUUCGCUUCAAAGCCAGCAGCAAGAAAAGCAUUUGAAAGAUGCAGUGAAGGUGUUUUCUUACUGACAACGACGCCUCGCCCAGUCAUUGUGGAACCUCUUGAACAGUUAGAUGAUGAAGAUGGUCUUCCUGAAAAACUGGCCCAGAAGAAUCCAAUGUAUCAAAAGGAGAGAGAAACACCUCCUCGUUUUGCUCAGCAUGGCACAUUUGAGUAUGAAUAUUCUCAACGGUGGAAGUCCUUGGAUGAAAUGGAAAAACAGCAAAGGGAACAAGUUGAAAAAAACAUGAAGGAUGCAAAAGAUAAAUUGGAAAGUGAAAUGGAAGAUGCCUACCAUGAGCAUCAAGCAAAUCUUUUGCGCCAAGAUCUGAUGAGACGACAGGAAGAAUUGAGGCGCAUGGAAGAACUUCACAGUCAGGAAAUGCAGAAGCGUAAAGAAAUGCAAUUGAGACAAGAGGAGGAACGGCGUAGACGAGAGGAAGAGAUGAUGAUUCGCCAACGAGAGAUGGAAGAACAAAUGAGACGCCAGAGAGAAGAAAGUUACAGCAGGAUGGGCUACAUGGACCCCAGAGAAAGAGACAUGAGAAUGGGUGGUGGUGGAACAAUGAACAUGGGAGAUCCCUAUGGUUCAGGAGGCCAGAAAUUUCCACCUCUAGGUGGUGGUGGUGGCAUAGGUUAUGAAGCCAAUCCUGGAGUUCCACCAGCAACCAUGAGUGGUUCCAUGAUGGGAAGCGACAUGCGUACUGAGCGCUUUGGGCAGGGAGGUGCGGGUCCUGUGGGUGGACAGGGUCCUAGAGGAAUGGGGCCUGGAACUCCAGCAGGAUAUGGCAGAGGGAGAGAAGAGUAUGAAGGGCCAAACAAAAAACCCCGAUUUUAGAUAGCUAGGCUUUCAUUCCAGUUUGUUUUUGUCUUUUCUUGUUUAGAUACCACUUUUAAAUUCUUGCAUUUUAGUAAGAAAGCUACCUUUUUAUGGAUGUUAGCAGUUUAUUGACCUGAUAUUUGUAAAUGGUCUGUUUGGGCAGGUAAAAUUAUGUAACGCAGUGUUUGAAACAGGAGAAAACAAUUUCUUUUUAUUUACUUUUUUUUUUAACUGUAUAAUGUUUCUCAAGUUAAUGGCAGUGUACCUUGUGCCACUGAAUUUCCAAAGUGUACCAUUUUUUUUACUGUGCUUCGAAUAAAUAGAAAAAUAGUUAUACUGAUCUUCAACUUUGCCAUUCAUGCUUCUCUGCACAUUAGGCUAGGUAUUCCCACUUGGAAAGCAUGAGCGUGUCUAGGCCUUUGAGUGGCAUAUGCCAUUUCUGGGAAAUGUAUCUGGAGGCUAAAUAUUCUUUCUACAAAUGGUGGCCCCCCGCCCUGUUUUAAAAAGAAAUGCAUAUUGAAGUAGUUAGAUUUGUUUGGCAUUAUAGGAAGCAAGCUGGUGCUAAGCAUUUUUAAAUGGUUAUGUUAGAAAAGUUGAACUGUAAAUCUUAAUUCAGGAACAUGUACUAAGAUUAUGGAAUGGGUAUAAACUACUGGUAGCAAGAGAAAGGGGGGCGGGUUAAAUGAUCCCUUAUGGCCCUAUCUAUCUAUGAUCCUUUCCUUGAAAGCUUUUGAGAAUGGAAAGAUCAUAUCAUUGCAUUUCCCCUAUUGUUUUGUUUUAAAUGAAUAAAUCCCAAGCCCUACAAUUGGCUUGUACUGAACUUUUGCAUUUGAAUUAAAGAUUGUUAAACAUGAA